AUGGCGCGGCAACAUUUAUCUCGACCCAUUCCCAAGCCAACCCAAAACGCCGUCCAAGGGGUUUCCAAAUCGCCAGUUUCGAAGGGGGAUCAAUCCGAUGUAACUCCUCGGCCAGAAACGAGUCCGACAUUACAACAGUUAGUUGAAGAACUCCAUACCAUCAGAAUUGGCCUUGGUAUAGUUAGGUGGAUAGGUAAUGCAGCUGUUAAUAAGUUGGCUACACUUGCUAAACCUGACGCACAAUCGACGCUCAGUAACAAACAAUGGCAGAAGCUGAUCGCACUCCACGGAACACUCAUACACAAUCACAUUAGCUACUUCCUCGAACACCUCAGGAUUUACUUUCCUGUACGCUUAGAUGAUCACUACUCAAUGAUGGCGUUGGUAUGCGAAAAUAUCCCCGCGUUCGAAAACAUUUGGAUAGAAUGCCUAGAGGAUCUUGGGGGUGGUGAUGGUUUUCGAUGGUAUCACUUUGCUCGACGUUGGACUCGGGAUGCCUCGCCUUGGUACUCAAAUGCCAGCGAUAAAGCGCGUACCACCGGCCGACUCUAUCAUAUUGUUGCAAUUCUCGUGAAGUCCAACCCUUUACAGCAGCUUUCCUACUAUCCAAAGUCUCUCUCGGCCAUCGACGUAUCCGUUAGCCGCUUCGGUCACUACGCCCGUGCAGUUAGGAGGCGCUUGGAACGACUGGUCGCGAAGUUGCUUCGGAGGAAAGACCAAGCACUUAGUGCAGCCAUCGCAAUUAUGAUUGGGAAUCUCCGGGUUGCUAACGCAUUUCCUUUGAAUACUAUGCCCUUGAAUGCUACACCUUCCGAGAAAAACAUUUCCGGGUUCAUUAAUUACUGGAAAUGCCUGUGGGACCAAUUCAGAGACCAAUAUUCUGGACCGUUGGUCAUGAACACCAUAUGGGCUGCGUUUCUUACCUCUCUGUACUUCCUGAUCACGUUUUGUGACAAUAGGACAUGGAAAGAGACCGGCCUUCUUUCCAUCGCAAUGUGGUGCAUUUCAGGCCCGUCGUUUUUCCUCGGCAUGGGAGACUGGCUCUCUGGUUGGCAACUGGCGCUCUUAUGGUUUUUCAAUGCCAAGCUGAACUUCGACCUUCUUGAGCAGAAGCUCUCCGAAUUUCCUAGAACUCGGGAUCGUACGUCAUUUUGCAUCAUCACGAUAGGAUUCUUAUCCGCGGGUACGCUUUCACAGUACAUGGUUCUGCCAGAGGGGCGUUACACCAACCACUGGAUCCUGACAGUGAUGCUGGCUCCAUUCAUGACCUUGGUUUUUACUCAUACUUGGUCCGUCUUCCUGGGGAAUACGGGCAUUGCACAGGAUCUUGAAUCUGGGACGUACGAUGGACCCACCGCCCGUAUUUGGCAGCAUAUAAUUUUGGUAUCUCAACGUGUCUUACUAGCCAUCGUGGCUUUGGUACUUCUCCGUUUGAUAAUGUUGUAA